GUGCUCCAGUCAGGCUGCUGCAUGACCAGCUGGUCUGAGUUCAUCCCAGCUGGCCGCCGGAUGGCAUUCUUAUCUUGUUUAUCGCAGGUGUGGCCCGUGCACACCGCCCACCAAGGUCGAUUUUUGAAAUUCGGCUCCCACGCUAGCAAGAGUGGAGCCAACGGGGUGGCCGAUUUUCAUCCUCGACGUCUGACCUUGCCAAUCUCCAACCCUCCCCUCUGAACCUCACCCACGACCAACUCCAUAUCCACGCCUCGCCAGCACCACCGACGACCACCCCCUUUCCUCACGUCAAUCUCUCCCCAGGAAAUCCAUCAAACCAGUCAAAAUGGGUGGCGGUAUCUCUGUUCGCGAUGUUGAUUCGCACAAGUUCAUCAACGCCUACGCUGCGUUCCUGAAGCGUCAGGGCAAGCUGCCCAUCCCCGGUUGGGUUGACACGGUCAAGACCGGCCCCGCCAAGGAGAUGCCCCCCCAGGACAUCGACUGGUUCUACAUCCGCGCCGCCGCCGUCGCCCGCGCCGUCUACCUGCGCAAGACCAUCGGUGUCGGCCGCCUCCGCAAGAUCCACGGUACCGCCAAGAACCGUGGUGCCCGCCCCUCCAAGCACGUCAACGCCUCCGGCUCCGUCGACCGCAAGGUCCUGCAGUCCCUCGAGAAGAUCAACAUUGUCGAGAUCGACGAGGAGAAGGGCGGCCGCCGCAUCACCCAGGCCGGCCAGCGUGAUCUGGACCGCAUUGCUGCCCAGACCGUCGCCGCUGAGGACGAGGAGGAGGACGACGAGUAAACUGUCGGUCUGGAAACAUGACUGGCGGUGGCGUUGUCGGGUUUGGACUUUUUAACUAUGGAUUGCUUGGUCAUCGGCGUCAAAAAAAUGGAUCACAAUGGAAAUGAUUCAACGGAUUUUCGUCUCGGAUUUGGGGAAAUGAUACCACGUCAACAUGACCGACCCUUCCCGCCGCUUCUCCUUUGUUGCCGGUGAAAUGCUAUUGCAGAGACCAAAAUCCAAGUUCGCCUGUCAAACCCCAACAUGAUGUUUGCAAGCAGUGGCAAAUAAAUGUGAUCGGCUCUAUGCCCGUGUCUGAGGACCACAGUGUCUGUCUCCUUGAAACAACAUUGAAGUCCUGUUCGCAUGUCGAAUACAUGAUAGCCCAUGGCAGUACAUGGUGAGGAUGAGGAUGGAAGCGCAAGUAGGUAUGUCUUUGGGAUACCCCCUGCUGGGUUCCUUCAUCCAAACUUGUCUCACGAGCCAUGUAAAUGUGCGCCGUCACGAGAAGCCACCAGGCAGCCCCUCCUUUCCCCUGGCUGGAAUACUACCUAUAGGUAUAUCAUAUUAUAUAGCAUGAGCAACCUCA